CACACACCGCACUCCACCAAGCAACGUGCAUCUCUGGGCUGAAGGACAAGGGACAUUGCAAGAAGCAGGAUACAGGCAUCUCCUGCAAGCUUGCCUCGGAGAUCUACGUGAAAUUUCAUUUGGUGAAAGGCAUGUAACAGCAGCAUUAUUUUAUUUGUUCUGCAAGAAUCAUGCAGAUGACAGAAAAACACUGAGAGAAGUAACUUAGUCAUCAUGCACAUUGUUUUGCAGCACUGAAAUAAACAUGAUGAAAACCGAAGCUUCAGGAGAACGAUCUAACCUACGGAGCGCCUCACCCCACAGGAAUGCUUACAGAACUGAGUUCCAGGCAUUGAAAAGCACCUUUGACAAGCCAAAAUCCGAUGGGGAAGAAAAAGGAAGAAAUGAGGGAGAUGUACCUCAGACACAACAGACCAGAGGACGAAGGUAUGGAUCCAAUGUCAACAGAAUUAAGAAUCUUUUCAUGCAGAUGGGAAUGGAACCAAGUGAAAAUAAUGGGGUUGCCCCAAAACAAAGGACCAAAAGUACACAUUCGUCUCCUCAACGAAGAGCAAAGCCUAGGGAGAUUGUGGAAAAGAAAGAGAUAGUUGAUGUAAAACCCAAAAUGUCAAUUUCAGAAAGGAUAAGUCGCUUUGACACCAUUGAUGGCCCAUCUUACUCUAAGUUUACAGAAACCAGGAAAUUGUUUGAGCACAGUAUUCAUGAUGCAGGACAUUCCAACCACUACUCCACUAGGAAAGACAGACGAGGAUCAAAUGAGCUUCUAGAUGAAGGCCGUGGAAGUAAAUCAAACAGGGGCAGUAGUGAUUCAUUGGACAGCCUUAGUUCAAGGACAGAAGCUUUGUCUCCAACAGUUAGUCAACUUAGCGCAGUGUUUGAAAACAGUGAUUCACCAACUCCAAACGUCAUGGAAAAGAAUGAGAAUAAUGAAGGAUACUCCGUAACUGGCCAUUAUCCAUUGAAUAUUGCAACUUCCCCGGUGUCAGAUCUUGACAGCUACGGUGGGCAUGCAAAAGACCCAAAUUCUUGGUCUCCUACAAGGGAGACCGACACUGACUCAUGCACUGAUAUCUUUCUUCAGAAAGACAAAGGUGUUUCAAGAGAAGAUAUACACAUUGAUAUUUCUGCAAACGAGGUAAAAAGAGAGAAAAGUGUUGGCUGCAGUACAUCAAAUGAUAUUAUGGUUUCCAAGAGUGAACACAUCGAAAGGGAUGAUGAUAAAGAUGGAUCACGCACUAAAUAUCUUGGAAAAAGAGGAGAGACCACCAACCAACAAAAUGAUGUGCCUGAAGAUUUAAUUAAUGCGUUUGAUAGGACUAAUUUAGGGGAAGCACAAGCAUAUUCAGGAACACACGACAAUUUUACAGCCAAUAGAACUUCUGGUUCACCUACGUCCCUUGAUGUUGGCACAAGUAUGAAUGAAACAAUUGGGGAUAUGAAUAACUAUACAACUAAUCAGACAUAUCAACACUCUGACUACAAUGUUUACAGAGUUCGGUCAAGGUAUAACACAGAGUGGGAAGAUAAUGAACAAGAUGAGGAUGAUGACAGUGAUGAAAAUAAAAGUUAUGAGCCAGAUAUGGAGUUCUAUGAGGUUCCUGGAUUGCCAGAGGAAGAAGAAGUACCAACUCAAAGGAAGAUUCAGUUUAGUAAAUCUCCCAUUAAAGUAUUCAAUACAUACUCAAAUGAAGAUUAUGAUAGGAGGAAUGAUGAAGUAGACCCGGUAGCUGCAUCAGCUGAAUACGAACUUGAAAAACGGGUGGAAAAGCUUGACUUGUUCCCAGUGGAUUUAGAAAAAGAUGAUGAGGGUCUUGGUGUCAGCAUUAUCGGCAUGGGUGUUGGAGCAGAUACAGGCCUGGAAAAACUUGGGAUAUUUGUCAAAACUGUCACUGAAGGAGGGGCUGCUCAAAGGGAUGGAAGAAUCCUCGUUAAUGACCAAAUCUUAGAAGUGGAUGGAAUAAGCCUGGUUGGUGUUACCCAAAAUUUUGCUGCUACUGUUCUCAGAAACACAAAAGGGAAAGUCAGAUUUAUUAUUGGACGUGAAAAGCCAGGGCAAAUAAGCGAAGUUGCCCAGCUGAUCAGCCAAACUCUUGAGCAAGAAAGGCGCCAGAGAGAGAUGAUGGAACAACACUAUGCCCAGUACGAUGCAGAUGAUGAUGAGACUGGAGAAUAUGCCACGGAUGAGGAAGAUGAAGAUGUCGGACCUGUUAUUCCUGGAAGGGAAAUGGCAAUAGAAGUUUUUGAACUUCCUGAAAAUGAUGAAAUGUUUUCUUCGGAUUUGGAUGCCACAAAGCUAGCUCACAAAUUCAAAGAGUUGCAGAUUAAGCACGCUGUCACCGAGGCCGAGAUUCACAAGCUAAAAACUAAGUUACAAGCCACUGAAAAUGAGAAAGUGAGGUGGGAAGUUGAAAAGACACAGCUGCAACAAAACAUAGAAGAAAACAAGGAUAGGAUGAUGAAGUUGGAAAGCUACUGGAUCGAAGCUCAAACCCUGUGCCAUACUGUGAACGAACACCUGAAGGAGACGCAGAGUCAGUACCAGGCACUAGAGAAGAAAUACAACAAAGCCAAAAAGUUGAUCAAGGACUUCCAACAAAAGGAAAUGGACUUUGUGAAACGCCAAGAAGCUGAAAAAAAGAAAAUUGAAGACAUGGAAAAAAUUCAUCUUGCAGAGGUUCAGAAUUUGCAGUCUCGCAUUCGAGACCUUGAGGCAGAAGUAUUUAGGCUUCUGAAGCAAAAUGGCAGUCAAGUUAACAAUAACAACAACAUUUUUGAAAGCAAGACAAGUCUUGAAGAAGAUUCAAGUGGGGUUUCAGCUGAGAAUUUGGAUGAAAAACAAGAACCGUGUUUGGAUGGCUUAAAGGAAGAAGGAGCAGUGAAGGGAGGAGAACCUGAUGAUGUAUUUGAUUUUAAUGAAGUGGUACCGGAGACAGAAAGGCUGGACUCCAAAGCCCUCAAAACACGAGCUCAACUAAUUGUGAAGAGCAAACGUCAGAAACCAUCUCGAACCAGAUUGUGCGACAGCAUCAGUUCCACUGAUGGAGAAGACAGCAUUGAAAGGAAGGUACGACAAACUAAUUUCACAUUAAGUGAUGAUUUUAGUCCGAGCAGUAACAGUUCAGCGGAGUUAAGUGGCCUGGUUGCAGAACCGAAGAGAGCAGAACGUUCUCAUUCCUUAGUACUGUCUUCUGAUGAGAGCCUGGAUAUGAUAGAUGAUGAGAUACUUGACGAAGGACAGUCACCCAAACACAGUCCGUGGCUAAACCAUACAGUUCAGGAAUGGAGCCCGCAAGAAGUGGCUGAUUGGCUGCGGAAUCUAAACCUUGAACAUUGCGCUUCCGAAUUCACUGCCCAAAAUAUUAACGGUGAACAGCUUCUUCAGAUGGACGGUACAAAACUUAAAGCUCUUGUUGUAAAUUCCCAAGACAGAAUAAUCAUUAAAAAGAAAAUAAAAGACAUGAAACUGUCAAUGGAGAAAGUACGAAAAGCUCAAGAAAAAAUGGAAAAGCAAAAAGAAAGACUUAGAAAGAAAGAACAGGAGCAACAACUGCGCAGCGCAAGGGACAAAGCAUCGACAGAUGAUGAUAAAGGCACUAAAGAGCAGUAAUCAAUGUAUCAAACUACUUACUUAGACAUUCAGAAGACAAAAUCACAAUUCGCACUAUGGUCUAUAUCUACAGGACCUGCACAGCAUAUACUGCUAUGGAUCGAAUAGAUUCAGAGUAUAGAGAAUAUUAUACUCAACAGAGAUUAUUUUCUGGAAGAUAUAAAUUAUUAUGUUUGCCAAAUCUCUUUAAAAUAAUGUUUUGAUUUCUAUUUAGUAGCAUUCCGUGACUGAAUACUGCAUGCUGUUCAAGCAAGUCCUAUUCUAUUAUGUAUUAGACAAUGCUUACAUGGUCAUUGGUCAUUGACCUUUAAGGCGAUAAAUUAACUUCACCCUCUGGCAAUUAGUUCAACCCUCUGGCAGUAAAAAUAUUUUUUUGCUGGUAAAAAAAACAGAAGAGAGCUCACAUCUACUUGAGCAUCGGCGUAAAUUAAAAUAUGUUCAUUUACUAAACAGUUAGUUAUGAUGAGGGCGAAAACAAAUAAUGAAGUUAAGGCUCAAAUAGGUAAGCUAAGAGAGUGAUUGGUGAGUAUUGCACUUUUUAAAAUGUUUACACCACCUUUUAAAUCCUGCCCUAUGUCUCAGGGAGAAGAAAUAUCUGACAUCCCAUAGCAUUCUACAAUAUAAUGAGGAUUAUGGCAAUUAUAGUUACAUUCAGGGUUAUUCACCGAAUUCAAAGUGAAUUUCACAUUUAAGGUCAAAAUAGCUGAACUGGAAAAAUUAUUUAAUUCAGUUAUGCUUUCAGUUCCUUUACUCUGGCCUUAUUGGAACAGUUUAGGCACCAUAACAACUUUUUUAAAAUUAAGUUGUUAUGGUGCCAAGAUGUCCAGUUUUUGAACUGUUCAACCCCAAAGUCUGUGUAACAGCACAGAAUCUCCCUCCCUCUUUGCCCUUCUGAUUUCAGAAAAUCUCUAAACCGAAAGGCUCUUGCAGAAUCAGGCAGCGGAGCCGCUGAUUGGCUGAGAGCAGUCAACUGGUUUGAAAAUAAAUGUACCUUUUUCAUGCCAGUUUUAUGAAUGGGGUUUCAUUGAUUGGCUAAGAGCGUCAGGUGACCACUGUCAGCCAAUCAGUUGUGCUACGGCCCAAUUAUGUAAGAAUUCUGAUGGUGCCCAGAGUGUUGGUUUAAGAUAUGAAAUUAACUUUUAAUUCAGUUUGAAUUCUCCCUUUAGUAAACAACUUGGAUAGAGUUACAAAUAAUUGCAGUGCUUCUGCAGAUAUUUUCCCUUUAAAUACUAUUGAUUAAUCAAUCUAGAACAUUACACACAGUGUUGUGAGUUACAUUUCUCUAACUAUUUCCACAAUGAGUAAGAUGUAUUAUCAAUUAUUAUUAUUACAAACAUUUCUAGUUAUCUUAUCUUGGCUAAGCACCCAUGUCAUUCUGUACUUCCUCUUUAUUUUUUGUUAAUCGUUAUUUUAUUGAGGUUUAGGUAAAACAAAAUAUAUAGACAUUUGAGCAAUGCAAGUUGCAGCAUAAUAGAGUAAUAUCGCAUAAGAUGAUAAAACCUCAUGUUUGUUAUAAUGGUAACAAGAAAAA